GCAGUCCCGCGAGCCUGGCCUCGGCCGCCCCAGCUUCUAAGGAGCUCGUGAGGGCCAGGCUGCGCCUGCGUGGGGCGGCUGGUGGGCGGGGCGAGGGCCGCGAAGUGGGGCGGCCGGGUGGGCUGCGAGCCGGGUCUGGGCUGAGGGGCGCGGCUUCGCGGUGGGCCCCAGCCCGGCAACGGGAAGGCGAGCUCUCCUCCCUCCACCGUCCAAAGUAAACUUUGCCGCUCCUUCCGCGGCGCUCCCGAGUCCUCGCCGCCGCCGGGCCGCCGCAGUCCGCGAAGAACCGUCCUGCGUCAGGGCCUCCUUCCCUGCCCCGGCGCGGGGCCACUGCGCCAUGGACGCCACAGCACUGGAGCGGGACGCUGUGCAGUUCGCCCGUCUGGCGGUUCAGCGCGACCACGAAGGCCGCUACUCCGAGGCGGUGUUUUACUACAAGGUUCAGUGAAACAACUCCUGCUCAAACAACUGGAUUCAAAAAGUGAUGUUCAGUAGAUGGCAUCUUUGGAAACAGGCAUGAUGACCCAUGAAGUGUACACGCUUGGGUUACUGCAGAGAAGGAAGCUGCACAAGCCUUAAUUUAUGCUGAGAUGGCAGGAUCAAGCCUAGAAAAUAUUCAAGAAAAAAUAACUGAGUAUCUGGAAAGAGUUCAAGCUCUACAUUCAGCAGUUCAGUCAAAGAGUGCUGAUCCUUUGAAGUCAAAACAUCAGUUGGACUUAGAGCGUGCUCAUUUCCUUGUUACACAAGCUUUUGAUGAAGAUGAAAAAGAGAAUGUUGAAGAUGCUAUAGAAUUGUACACAGAAGCUGUGGAUCUCUGUCUGAAAACAUCUUAUGAAACUGCUGAUAAAGUCCUGCAAAAUAAACUGAAACAGUUGGCUCGACAGGCACUAGACAGAGCAGAAGCGCUGAGUGAGCCUUUGACCAAGCCAGUUGGCAAAAUCAGUUCAACAAAUGUUAAGCCAAAGCCACCUCCAGUGAGAGCACAUUUUCCACUGGGCACUAAUCCCUUCCUUGAAAGACCUCAGUCAUUUAUAAGUCCUCAGUCAUGUGAUGCACAAGGACAGAGAUACACAGCAGAAGAAAUAGAAGUACUCAGGACAACAUCAAAAAUAAAUGGUAUAGAAUAUGUUCCUUUCAUGAAUGUUGACCUGAGAGAACGUUUUGCCUAUCCAAUGCCUUUCUGUGAUAGAUGGGGCAAGCUACCAUUAUCACCUAAACAAAAAACUACAUUUUCCAAAUGGGUACGACCAGAAGACCUCACCAACAAUCCUACAAUGAUAUAUACUGUGUCCAGUUUUAGCAUAAAGCAGACAAUAGUAUCGGAUUGCUCCUUUGUGGCAUCACUGGCCAUCAGUGCAGCUUAUGAAAGACGUUUUAAUAAGAAGUUAAUUACCGGCAUAAUUUACCCUCAAAACAAGGAUGGUGAACCAGAGUACAAUCCAUGUGGGAAGUAUAUGGUAAAACUUCACCUCAAUGGUGUCCCAAGAAAGGUGAUAAUUGAUGACCAGUUACCUGUUGAUCACAAGGGAGAAUUGCUCUGUUCUUAUUCCAACAACAAAAGUGAAUUAUGGGUUUCUCUCAUAGAAAAAGCAUACAUGAAAGUCAUGGGAGGAUAUGAUUUUCCAGGAUCCAACUCCAAUAUUGAUCUUCAUGCACUGACUGGCUGGAUACCAGAAAGAAUUGCUAUGCAUUCAGAUAGCCAAACUUUCAGUAAGGAUAAUUCUUUCAGAAUGCUUUAUCAAAGAUUUCACAAAGGAGAUGUCCUCAUCACUGCGUCAACUGGAAUGAUGACAGAAGCUGAAGGAGAGAAGUGGGGUCUGGUUCCCACACACGCAUAUGCUGUUUUGGAUAUUAGAGAGUUCAAGGGGUUGCGAUUUAUCCAGUUGAAAAAUCCUUGGAGUCAUUUACGUUGGAAAGGAAGAUACAGUGAAAAUGAUGUAAAAAACUGGACUCCAGAGUUGCAAAAGUAUUUAAACUUUGAUCCCCGAACAGCUCAGAAAAUAGACAACGGAAUAUUUUGGAUUUCCUGGGAUGAUCUCUGCCAGUAUUAUGAUGUGAUUUAUUUGAGUUGGAAUCCAGGUCUUUUUAAAGAAUCAACAUGUAUUCACAGUACUUGGGAUGCUAAGCAAGGACCUGUGAAAGAUGCCUAUAGCCUGGCCAACAACCCCCAGUACAAACUGGAGGUGCAGUGUCCACAGGGGGGCGCUGCAGUUUGGGUUUUGCUUAGUAGACACAUAACAGACAAGGAUGAUUUUGCGAAUAAUCGAGAAUUUAUCACAAUGGUUGUAUACAAGACUGAUGGGAAAAAAGUUUAUUACCCAGCUGACCCACCUCCAUACAUUGAUGGAAUUCGAAUUAACAGCCCUCAUUAUUUGACUAAGAUAAAGCUGACCACACCUGGCACCCAUACCUUUACAUUAGUGGUUUCUCAAUAUGAAAAACAGAACACAAUCCAUUACACGGUUCGGGUAUAUUCAGCAUGCAGCUUUACUUUUUCAAAGAUUCCUUCACCAUACACCUUAUCAAAACGGAUUAAUGGAAAGUGGAGUGGUCAGAGUGCUGGAGGAUGUGGAAAUUUCCAAGAGACUCACAAAAAUAACCCCAUCUACCAAUUCCAUAUAGAAAAGACUGGGCCGUUACUGAUUGAGCUACGAGGACCAAGGCAAUAUAGCGUUGGAUUUGAGGUUGUAACAGUUUCUACUCUAGGAGAUCCUGGUCCCCAUGGCUUUCUGAGGAAAUCUAGUGGUGACUAUAGGUGUGGGUUUUGCUACCUGGAAUUAGAAAAUAUACCUUCUGGGAUCUUCAAUAUCAUUCCUAGUACCUUUUUGCCUAAACAAGAAGGACCUUUUUUCUUGGACUUUAAUAGUAUUAUCCCCAUCAAGAUCACACAACUUCAGUGAUGGAGAAAUCUCAAGUUACUGGCUUUUAUACUUACCAAACAUCAGUUCUUCAAAUAAGGACACAAAUCUUCAGGACAGUAAGCAGAACAAUCAGAAUGGAAUUAAAUCUCUAAAAACGUGUUACAGUGGAAUCUGGUGCUUGUCAGGGUGUUUGGUAAGAACUGUAUAUAGUCAGAAUUACCUAAAUCACCUAGAGGUACCGUUUACAUGGUUUUGUGUAUAUAGAGUUGGCUUGCAUUUUAGGGGCCAUUUUGUAUAAAAAGUGCAUAUGAUUAAAAUUAGACUCAGUCAUCACUGUGAGAUGCCUUUGCUAAGAGGAUAAAGGAACUGAGACCAGAUGAGAAAAAGAAAGGAUAUAGAUUCCUUGAGUGGAAUAGUGGGCUAGAUUACUGAAAUAUUUCCAUUGUUUCCCUUUUUUGCAGAGCAUGUGGAAGUUAAACCUGCUUGAUUCUACUAUACAUCUUGGGCAACUAGUUACCAAAUGAAUUGUGCCACCAUAACUGAUUUUAAUUUUGCAUUAUUUAUGAUUUUAAAAUAUUUGUUGCCCAGGUGUUAUGAAAGAAUAAAGCUUUUAAGUAUAGACUACCUUAGCAUGAAGAUGCUCAUGCCUAAGAAUGAAAAUUGUUGAGGUUAUCUCCCAUUCAAUCAUGUAGCAAGAACUUAAAGAAAUUCACUACUGCAGUUUUUAUUUUUAAAAAACAGUAAUUGAGAUAUUGAAGACAUUACAAUUUAGUUUGUGUGGUCUUUUUUUAAAUUGCUGUAUCGUUCAGUCUCUUGUGGCAAUAGCACUUUGAAGAAAAUAGAGAAUUUAAUAUAUGGUGAUUGGGAUAUGUAGCAUUCAGAAAAAGUGAAUUGCCAAGAUACUGGUGUCAUGUAAAUUCCCACUUUACAUAAAAACCCAUCAGGACAGAAUGAUGUUCAAUAUUUUAAAAUUCUAAAAAUAGGGUGGGAUUUUUCAUUGUCUCUACUUUAUAAUUAUCAAAACUUAUUUUGUAUUGCUACUACCUUAAAUUGAAAUAAAAUGUUUAUACUUACGGA